CUUCUACAAGAGAAAAAUGGCUUUAACUGGAGCUUUAAAACAGCUCAGAGGAAUAGCAUCAGAACUAAGACAAGCUAAUGUUGGAAAAGUCCAAGGAACUCAAGGAAUGAAUUAUAUUAUGAAUGAGUUUAGAAAACACUCAACUACUCAGGAGCUACUUUGUAAACAACAACAAGAAAUGCAGUACAUGGUGGAUACAUACAAAACAUAUCUAGAAUCUCAGAGAAACUGGAAAAUACUGAAUGAUGAAUAUCAUGCUAGAGGAGAGAGAACCGUGUCACAAACUGCUAAGAUGGUUGGAUUCAAUCUACCCCAUGAACCCAAAAUACUGAGGAAACCAAAAGUCAAAAAAUAAAUUUUAAAUGUCGUUGUAGCCGUUGUAUAAAUAAAUAAAUUAGUUUGGUAUAGUCUA